ACUUUUUUGACAUUUAGUCUCCGAAUAUGUCGUAAUGAUUGCUGUUUAUUUCGUAGUUACUGUAAAAAAACUGAAAUGGCAAAGUACAUAGCACAAAUUAUUGUGACGGGCGUUCAGGUUGUGGGUAAAGCUUUUGCACGCGCCUUGAGACAGGAGAUAGCCGCGUCCCAGGAGGCAGCCAAGCGCGCUGGAGGUGGCCAGCAAGGAACCAAGAGAGCUGCAGCCAAUGCCUCCACUGGACUCACCUUAGAAGAAGCUCUACAGAUACUGAACCUAGACAAAGUCGACCCGGAGAAGCUCAAAUCAAACUACGACCAUUUAUUUAAUGCCAAUGAUAAGUCAAAAGGUGGUUCCUUUUAUUUACAGUCUAAAAUAGUUAGAGCCAAAGAACGAAUAGAAGUAGAACUCAAGAAUAGUCAACAAACGACGAAACCCCCUCCGACGGAAGGUCCAUGAGACUAUCUGGCUUGUUAUAGGUGAAUUUAUCAAUUGUUGUGUUUUAUUCCAAUAGUGCUAGAAAACAAUUUUGAGUUUGUAAAAUAUUUUUAUUACAUUGCAUAUAAAUUGCAUACCACAAUAGUGACUAGAAUACAUCAGUCUUUAGUACAUAAAUAUUGAUUAUGAAUAGUCGUACAUUGCAAAAACACUAUAAAAACACUUUAGCUGCUAAUUUAUAGAUUUACAAAAAUGUAUAGCAAUAAACUUGAGAUGUAAUCAAUUGUU